CAGAAAAUGCUGGUCCUGUUUUAUUUCCUGCUGAUGCUCAGAGUGGGGUGCUGCACCGACGAUCAUACCUUUGUCACAAAGACUGUUGGUGUCGGACAAAGUGUGACUCUCACAUGCACUCGCCAGAGAUCUGUUCAUAAGGAAACCUUGUACUGGAUCAGACUUGUUUCUGGAAAAUAUCCAGAAUUCUUGGGAGGAACACAUGCUUUUGAGUAUGAUGGUAUUUAUGAAACUCCUCACAUUACAGCAAAACAAGGACCUGGAACUUUUAUUCUGCAAUUUCAUGAAACUCAGCUAAAUGACUCAGGUUUUUACUACUGUAUAAAAGUCAACCUGCUCAACAUGGAAUUUAUGAACACAACAUUCCUGAGAAUUGAAGGACCAGAACCAGAUGUCAUUGACAUCAUUCAAGUUCCUCCAUCUGAUCCAGAACAUCCAGGAGCCUCAGUGACUCUGCAGUGUUCAGUCCUCUCUAACUCUGAGAAGAAAACAUGUCCAGAACAACAACACAGAGUGUUCUGGUUCAGAGCUGGAUCAGAUGAAUCUCAUCCCAGAUUAAUUUAUGCUGAUGGAAACAGUCAAGAUGAAUGUGAGACGAAUCCUGAGGCUCAGUCUCUUCAGAAAUGUAUCUACAGCUUCUCUAAAACCGUCACCUCCUCUGAUGCUGGGACUUAUUACUGUGCUGUGGCCACAUGUGGACAGAUAUUAUUUGGAAAUGGAACAAAAUUGGACAUCAAAGCACCCAGCAUGUGGGAUUUGGAGACAGACAAUACAGCUCUCUUUCUGGUAUCUGCUGCUUUGGCUACAAGUCUGAUUGUUAUAGCCUUUCUCAUUUUUAAUCUCAAGAUGAAAACUUUCUGCAACGGUAAUACAAGCUUCCCGCACUUCAGUGUAUCUAAAAAUAUUUUGCUAAAGCUAGCUCUGAGUUUUGCAUUAUUUAUUUGUGUCACUGAACCAACACCAUCUUUCAUCUUAAAUCUCUGCAAACAGAUGCUGCAGAAGCCAGUGGUCAUCAGGAAAGAUCACAGAAGGAUUUGGACACAUGGAUUUAUUCUGCUGUUACCUUUACCGUGGUAAAGGCUGACAGUGCAAUGAAAGAGGCCAAAGCAGCAGAGAGAGAGAGACUCUACACUGCUGUCAAGGCUUUUGGACUGGAUUAGUGAGUCAACAGAUGUUUGUCAGCAAUUUGUAUUGAAAUUGUGUAGUGUUGUUUGUUUAACUACUAAAGGGCUUUGUAUAUGCUGUAGUACGAUGUAUCGGUAACAUUUAGUGAACAACUUGUAUCCUCAUGAUUAAAUGUAUUAAAAUUACAUGCAUCUUGUUCAUCCAAGCACUUGCAAACAGGAUUGACCACGAGCUGAAAUGUUCUUAGUUUUAAGUUUGGCAGAAAAAAUUUGUUGCAUCUCUCUUUCUCAUUUCAUCUCACUCCUGUCCACAAUGAAACCAAAACAAAAAAAUACUUUGAAAAGUGCUUUUUUAAAGGCAAAAAAAAUAAUUUUUCAAGCAGAAAUGUAUAAACUGUGCUGUUCCUAAUUCUGGACGGUGAGUACGGACACUUGUUUAGUAAUAGAACUCAGGUUUUUAUUGGAGCAUCAGAUGUUUAAGGCACAAAGAACAUGCACAAAUGCUGUCAACAACAGUUCUCACUAUGAUUUCUUAGUUCUGUUCUCCAUAUUUAGUGUCAUUCUUCUUCGCAACUCUCCAAUAAAGUCAAAAUGCCAACAAAGUAAUGUUCAGGUUAUUACUACCGACGGUUAUUAUGUUGUGUAUCAGUAUCAGGAAAAGGUAUUUACCAUGGUGCAUUUCUGGAAAUGAGUUUCUUGUAUCAUCAUCUGUCAAUCUUGUUUGGAGACAAAAACCUUAUUGCUCUAAUAAAAUAUAUAAAGAGUG